AUGGCUUUUAUCUACCCACCUCCGAUGGGACAAGUUGGUGAUUACACGAACCUACCGAAUUUCGCGCUCAACGUUAUGGUGACUUUAGAAUGGAGCAACUUGGGACCCAAUGCAUCUCUGAUGCUGCUCAAAGACGACCCUUUAUACACCUGUCUGGACUUGAACCGUGCAUUGACCUAUUGCCACAACAUAGUGGGCCCUUUCGAGAACACUACGGAAUCCUAUAACUGGGUCGCCCAAACAUAUGACUACAAUUAUACAUCGGAGUCACCCAUCUUCUACUUGCAGAUGGAAACGAACACUGAAGAUUUCACUUCCCACUACAUCAAUAUCUUGCCUGAGGACCAAAUACCAGUUUCGACAACUAGUACUUCUUCGACGUCUCCUACAUCUUCUGCUUCUUCCAGCAUAACAGGUACAACAACGGAAAGUCCUCCGCCAGCAACGAUCACAUCAUCUGCGGCAAGCGUCUCCACAACAGGCUCUGCGGAAUCAAGCCCCUCAGGAAUGGAUACGGCGACCAAAACUGCAAUUGGCGUUGCCGUUGGACUGGGCGUGCCUCUCAUUGCCAUCCUCGCCGUCAUCGCCUUCUUCUUACACAAGAAGAAGCAAAGGAGCCGGACCCCAAGCAGGGAUAUCAACACGAACCCUGUUCUCACUCAUUGCCGAUACUCCGACAACCCUGCCUUCCUGAACAAGUAUGGAUCUAUGAGUUCCCGGAGAAAUGGUGUUGGAGAAUCUAUACCGACGAGAGCAGUCCAAGAGCUCUCCGGGACCACGGAUCAGCAUGCCUCAUGGCAGCAUGCCUCAGAGUUAUCGGCUGACAGUCAUCGACGAUGA